AUGAUUACAGGAGCAUCUAUACAUAAUCAAAUCAAUAAUAAUAGUACAUCUAAAAAGGAGGAGAAAAAGUCUGUACAAAAUGUUCAAGCGUUUGUUCGUGUACGUCCACUCUCACCGCUAGAGUUACAAUCAAAGGAAGCUUCACCAUUGGAUUGCAUAUCAAAUAAAGAUAUAGUAUGUACAUAUAAAGGAUCAACUAGACAAUAUCAAUUUGAUCAUGUAUUUCCUCAAGAUUCAAGACAACAAGAUUUAUUUGAUGUUGGAGUUAGACCAAUUGCAGAUGAAGUAUUAAAUGGAUUUAAUGGGACUAUAUUUGUGUAUGGUCAAACUGGUACUGGAAAGACAUAUACAAUGGAAGGAAAGAUGGAUAUGCAAGAAGAAUAUGGUAUCAUUCCACGAACUAUUCAUUAUAUCUUUCAAACUUUGGAAAAAGCUGGAUCAGAUUAUAAUGUGCGAGUCAGUCAUUUGGAAAUAUACAAAGAAGAGAUCUAUGAUUUAUUGGCUUGUAAUAGUUCAAAUGAACAUAAAUCUUUAAAUGUUUAUGGUAAAUAUAUAAAUAGAAAGAAAAAGAAUGAUAGAGAGAUGAAAGAUGAUUCUAGAAAAGGAACAACUGUACCAGAUUUAGAAGAGAUAGUAGUAAGUGAUACACAAUCUAUCAUGUCUAUAUUAUCAAAGAGUUGUAAGAGAAGACAGACUGCUGAAACACUGUAUAAUAAACAGUCGUCUCGAUCUCAUUGUAUAUUUUCAGUUACCAUUCACAUUAAAGAGACUACGUUGGGUGGUGAAGACCUCAUCAAGAUUGGAAAGUUGAAUUUGGUCGAUUUGGCUGGUUCUGAAAAUGCACAGAAAUCAGGUAGCAAUAAUGAACGUCUGAGAGAGGCAUCGGUCAUUAACCAGAGUCUUCUUACACUUGGAAGAGUUAUCUCGGCAUUGACUAGUGACACUAAUAGUCAUAUACCAUACCGUGACAGUAAAUUGACUAGACUACUUCAAGAUUCACUCGGUGGUAAAACAAAGACAUCUAUUAUUGCAACAGUGUCUCCAUCAUCAAUCAACUUGGAAGAGACUGUCAAUACAUUGGAUUACGCAUUCAAGGCUAAAAACAUUAAAAACACUCCACAAAUCAAUCAGAAAAUGUCUAAAAACUCGUUACUCAAAGAACAAGCAGCAGAAAUUGGUCGUCUCAAACAAUUGUUACAAGCUGCCUAUGACAAGAAUGGUGUCUAUCUUACAAUGGAUGUCUAUAAAACAAUGGAACAAACUAUCGAUGAACAAAAGGCUAAAUUAUCAAACAUGGAUUUACAAUAUCACAAUGACACUAAACAAAUUCAAUAUCUAAGACAAAGUUUAAUUGGUUUUAAUACAAAAUUUAAUAACAUGGAAAAAGAAAAUAUUUUAAUUAAAGAGGAAUACCAACAACAAUCAAAUAGAUUGGAGGAAUGGAAAAAUGAUGAUUCAAUAUUAAGAGAUACUAUUGAAUUGGCAAUUAAUGAUUUAUCUCAUCUUCAUAUGAAAAUUGAUAAAAUGAAAUCAAAUGAAAUAGAAAAUCAAAAAAAUAAUACAAAGUCAAAGAAAGAGUUGGUGGAAAAGAUUGGAGAAUUAAAUGAAAUUCAAACCAAUGUAUUAUUAACAAAUAUUAAUUUAUAUCAAUCUAUUAAAUCGGAUUUAUUGGAUUUUCAAUCAACUCAACAAACUGAAACAAAUAAUUUAACAAAUAAUGUAAAUAGAAUGAAUGUAUUAAUGAAUGGAGUAUCUGAGAAAAUAUCUAUGAUUUCAAAUAGUUUAUUAGAUUCAACAUUACCACUCUCUAAAUUACCAGGAGAGAAUAGUUCAUUGGUGUCAACGUUGGACAAGACAUUGACAAGUCUAAAGCAUCAAUUUGAACAGUUUGUGGGUGACUUGGAGAGUAAGAUGGCUGGUAAUGGCGACAAGAUUAAAGAGUUGAUUGAUGGUUGUAUCGAUUCGUUUGACAUUGUUGCUGAAAAGAAUAGAGUGGCCACAGAGCAACAACACGAAGAGUUGCAAAAGGUGAUUGACGUACUCAACAAAACACUGGAGGAAAAGAAUGCAUUGAUAGCCACACAAAAACAACAACACCAAGAAUUGUUGGAUAAACAGGUCAAGGCAAAGUUGGCGUGGGAAAAGAAAUUGGUGACCAAGAUGACACAGGUCAUUACACAGAUGAGCGACAGUUUGUACCAGACACAAUCAAGUGUCUAUGAACAAGCUAUGAAUGACCAGAUUGCUAGUUUGACAAAUAGCAACGAUCAAUUUAAAGAGACCAUGUCAAAUAGUUUGACUAGUUUGCACGACACGAUUGAUAACCAACAAUUAAUGUCUACUACUGCACAGACCAAGACUAGUCUCGAGGCAUUAAAGGAGAGUAUCUAUGAAGCACAACAAGAUAGAGACAAUAUAAUCGAUCGAGGAAUGAUCAAAAAGAUUGAAAAGACUACCAACAUGUGCACGGCAACCAACAACAAACACAAACAGUCAAUGAGUAAUCUGACACCUGUUAUUCAGUCGAUUAACAAAUCAAUGAUUGAUCAACAAGAGGUGGUCUCAAUGGUCAAAGAAUGUGAAUCGAUAUUGGUCACCAACAACACCACUGCCAAGACCCACCAACAACACCUUGACAAACAUGUCACCAAAGCAGUAUCGUCUAUUGACAAUCAACUCGAACAACUUGGUCAACACUCUAAAAGUCUUAGAAUGUUAUCCGAUCCCAACCAAUUAUUAAAUUCCAUUCCAACUUUAUUCCAGUCAAAGACAACCGAACAAACUGGAACCACCCCAAAUAGGAAAUCAUUUGUAUAUCCUUCCAAAAAGGAAUUUAAAAUCAAUUCAAUUAAUCAAUUGGUCAAGAGCAAUAAUAUUAAUCAAAAAGAAGAAGAAGAAGAAGAAAGACAAGUAGAAGAAGAAAAUAUUAUUACUGAAAAGGUACCUUUGGAUGAAAAUGAAAAUGAAAAUGAAACAACAAUGCUAGAUGAUGAUAAUGAUAUUGAAAAUCAUUUAAUGAAUCAAUUUGGACAACAACAACAGACAAGACCAAAAACACCAACCACUCCAAUUCGAGCUAUAUUUGAUAAAUUCAAUAGUCCAUUUGUAAAUCAACCUUCUUUAUUGAACAAUAAUAAUAAUAAUAAUAAUAUAUCACCAUCAUCUAAUAAUAAUAAUAAUAAUAAUAAUACAAAACCACUAUUCCAAUUUAUGGCAUCACAAACUAAAAAGAAUAUAGCGACAAGGAAAUCAAUGAUGGGAUCACCAUCAUCUUCUCCAUCAUCCAACAAUAAUAUUAAUAAUAUUAAUAAUAGUCCAUCAUCUUCUAAUAAUAAUAAUAAUUUAUCACCAAUGAUUUUUAAUAAUAAUAAUAAUAAUAAUACUGGAAAUCAUUUAAAGAGAAAGAAUGCUGAACCUCCAUCUUCUUCCUCUUCUACUGGCGGCAGUAGUUUAUCCUCAUCAGGGUUAUCAGGUUCAACUUUAUCCAUUUUGUCGUCAUCGACAUCCUCCAAUCUUAGUGUCAGUGAUAUUGAUUCAAUAUCAACAUCCUCCUCCUCAACCAUUUCACAACAACCUUUAAAAAAGAGUAAAGGCGCUUCAAGUACUAUCCCUAUUACCACCACUACAAGUAGUAGUAGUAGGUCAACCAUUGGUGGUGGUGUAAAAACCAGUAGUACCAGAAAACCUCCAACAUCAGCAGCUUCUAUUAAAAAGAAACCAUCAUCAGCUGCCACUACCACAGCGACCUGGAGAAACAAACAAACUACAGCAACUACCAAUCCACCAACAACAAUACCAUCUCAACGUUCAUCAUCAUCUUUAAAAUCAUCAACUUUGACCAAAGGAAAGGAAAAUAUCUUAUUCUCUAAUUAA